AUGUCUACUUAUAGUGACUCUCAGGAUAGUACCAUUGAGUGGCCAGCUUCAAAGGUCAGAGAUACCUUUUUGAACUUUUUCAAGGAACGUGGACACACCUUUGUUCCUUCUUCUUCUGUGGUCCCUCACGAUGAUCCAAGUUUGCUUUUCGCUAAUGCUGGUAUGAAUCAGUACAAACCUAUUUUCUUGGGUACUGUGGAUCCAUCUUCUCCUCUUGCUCAUAUAAAUAGGGCUACCAACUCCCAGAAGUGUAUUAGAGCAGGAGGUAAACACAACGACCUUGAGGAUGUUGGUAGGGACUCUUAUCACCACACCUUUUUUGAGAUGUUGGGAAACUGGUCUUUUGGUGACUACUUUAAAGAGGGUGCCAUUGGCUUCUCGUGGGAAUUGUUGACUAAGGUCUACAGUAUCGAUCCCACAAGAUUAUACGUCACAUACUUUGGUGGUGACAAGGAGGCAGGAUUAGAACCAGAUUUGGAGGCUAAGAAAUACUGGAAGAAUAUUGGUGUUCCAGAAAGCCAUAUCUUGCCUGGUAAUGUCAAGGAUAACUUCUGGGAGAUGGGUGACCAGGGUCCUUGUGGCCCAUGUUCAGAGAUUCACUAUGAUAGAAUUGGUGGAAGAAAUGCCGCUUCAUUGGUUAAUCAGGACGACCCUAAUGUUUUAGAGAUCUGGAAUAACGUGUUCAUCCAAUUCAAUAGGGAGCCCGAUGGAUCUUUGAAGCCUUUACCAGCAAAGCAUAUUGAUACUGGUAUGGGCUUUGAAAGAUUGGUUUCAGUGUUGCAGGAUGUUAGAUCUAAUUAUGAUACCGAUGUUUUCCAGCCAUUGUUCGCCAAAAUCCAGGAUAUUACUGGUGCUAGACCGUACACCGGCCAUUUUGGUAAGGAUGAUAUCGAUGGUAUUGACACUGCUUAUAGAGUGUUAGCCGAUCACGUCCGUACAUUGACCUUUGCUAUUGCUGAUGGUGGCGUUCCAAACAACGAAGGUAGAGGUUAUGUUUUGAGAAGAAUAUUGAGAAGAGGUGCCAGAUAUGCUAGAAAAUAUAUGAACUAUCCAAUCGGCAAUUUCUUUUCUACUUUGGCUCCAACUUUAAUUGAACAAGUGAAACACAUAUUUCCAGAGGUUGCCAAAGAUCCUCAAUAUAUAUUUGAAAUUUUGGAUGAAGAAGAAGCUUCCUUCGCAAGAACUUUGGAUAGGGGUGAGAAACUUUUUGAGUCUUACGCCAGCGAUGCUUCCAAGACAUCCGAUAAGAUGCUUUCGGGUAAAGUUGUCUGGAGAUUGUAUGACACUUAUGGGUUCCCUGCUGAUCUUACUAGAUUGAUGGCAGAAGAAUCUGGGUUGAAGAUUGACGAGAAGGGAUUCGAGAGGGCCAAGAUUGCUUCAUGGGAGGCUUCAAAGUCUAGUGGAAGCAAAAAAGGCAAAGAGCUUUUGAAGUUGGAUGUGCAUGCUCUUGGAGACCUUCAAUCAAAUGAUGAUGUCCCUCAGACUGACGAUGAAUAUAAAUACACCUCGAAUGAUAUUGAUGCUACAGUUGUUGCCAUUUAUGCUGACGGUAAGUUCCAGAAUUCUACCUCGGAUCUUAAAUCUGGUGAGCAGAUUGGUAUUUUACUCAAUAAGACUCCAUUCUAUGCUGAACAGGGUGGCCAGGUAAAUGACACUGGUAAGAUUCUCAUUGAUGGUAAGGCUGAUUUCGAGGUUGAAAAUGCCCAAGUGUACGCUGGUUACGUGUUGCACGUUGGCUUCAUUCAAGAGGGUUCCCUGAGUGUUGGAGACAGUGUAAUUGCUGGAUACGAUGAGGCCAGAAGGGCCCCAUUGAGACGAAACCAUACAGGUACGCACAUUUUGAACUUUGCUCUUAGAUCUGUUUUGGGCGAAGCAAUUGACCAGAAGGGUUCUUUGGUUGCUCCGGAAAAGCUGAGAUUUGAUUUCUCUUACAAAAAGGGUAUGACGAUGGAUGAAAUUAAAAAGACUGAGGAGGCCGUGAAUAAGAUAAUCAAGGAGAACGUCAAGGUGUAUACCAAGGCCGUGCCUCUUGAUAAUGCCCAGAGCAUAAAGGGUCUAAGACAUGUGUUUGGAGAGACAUAUCCUGAUCCAGUAAGAGUCGUCUCUGUUGGUGCGUCAGUGGAUGAUAUGUUGGCAGAUCCAUCCAAUGAAAAGUGGUACAACUACCCCAUUGAGUUCUGUGGUGGUACUCAUGCAUUUAAAUCUGGAGAUAUCAAAUUCUUUGUUAUCACAGAGGAAAAUGGUAUUGCCAAGGGUAUCAGAAGAAUGGUCGCUCUUACCGGAGAUGAGGCCUUGAAAACAAAAGAGGUUGCUCAUGAGUUUGAUGCAAUGCUUAACAGCACUCAGAGUAUGCCAUUUGGCGAUGCUAAGCAGAAAAAGUUGAAAGAGUUGACAACUCAACUUGGUAAGCUUAAUGUCUCUAUUUUGGAUAAGGAGAGCUUGAAGCAAAAGUUUAACAAAAUCGAGAAGUCGGUCAAGGAUGAGCUGAAAUCUAGACAGAAAGCUGACACUAAGAAGACUCUGGAUGAAAUCAAGACUUAUUUCGAGGAGCACAAGGAAGCACCAUUUGUUGCUUUGCAUGUUGCAGUGUCUCCAAAUGCCAAGGUCAUUACUGAGGCAAUUAACUAUUUGAAAAAGAACCAGAAGGACAAGUCUUUGUUCUUGAUCACAGGUACCAAAGGCAAUGCUAGAGUUGCUCAGGGUGUGUAUAUUUCAAAUGAGCACUUAAAGGAGCUUCCAAGUUCUGAAGUUGCUAAGCUUGCAUCCAAGUAUAUCGGAGGAAAAGCUGGAGGUAGAGGUAAUGUUUGUCAAGGUAUGGGUGAUAAGGUCGAAGGUAUUGAUGAUGCCGUUGACGCUGUUGCCAAACUUUUCAAGGAAAAAUUACAGUUAUAA